UUGAAAAUAACCCUACUCCCUCGCACUCAGUUAAGGUAGCUCCGCAUGGAUGACUCCGAUACGAUGCUGGUCCCAUAGUACACAUGAUUCGUUCCUGCAAGCUCUUCUUUCUUUCAACCUCCCCACCACACAUUCCACCAUCACCAUCUCCACCUCCGCCAACUCCCUUCCCCUCUCGUUCGCUAUUCUCGGCGAGCAGUAAAGGACCGGACUACGUAUAAAGUAACCCAAUUCUCCAGAACACCAACCCACCAUAGCGGGCCGUGUACCUCGAAACAUGACCGAGAAUGCAGUCGAAUACAUCAUCCAACACCACCUUUCUGGAGCGCUUGGCAGUAGCUCGUCUGCAGCAUACCGUUAACGAGCUGCAAACCCAAGUCGACCAAGACCGCACGCUCGUGGCGCCCACCCGCAAGGCCCUCUACUGCGUAUGCGACGACACGGCACUCACCGCCAACAUCCCCGAACUCAAGCGGUUCGUCGCGGACAAGAGCAUCACCAUGAUUGUGCCAUUCGCGACUCUCGAUUCCCUAGACCGCCUCAAAAAGGGCACCGAAAACGCCAACAUCCACGCGCGCGAGUCGAUCCGGUUCUUUGACCGAGCGCAGACGGCCGCGGGGCGCAAGCAGAUCACUGGCGUGCGGAUCCAAGGCCCGACCGAGAAAUUUAGCAGCUGGGAGGAGUGUCUUGCCGCGUGCGCUGGCAGCGCCGCCGCCACCGAUCCGGAACUCCAGCAGCCGCCAAACCAUAUCAAGGAGCUGCUCAACAGCGCAGUUUACCACGUGAACCGAUUCGUGGUUAAGGGUGCGGCGGGAGACCAGCAGCAGCAGAAGGUGCUCCUGGUUACGAAUGAUGAGAUCCUGAGGGAUUGGGCAGAGCUGUAUGGUGUUCCCACCGCGAGGAGUGGCGAGAUCGCCGGACUGGUCAAGCGCGAGGAGAUGGAGUACAUGGAGAAGAGGCGCCACUACGACUUCGCGAUGAACAACCCUCGCUCGCCGGCGUCGCCUGGAGGCGGAAGGGGCGGACGCGGCGGGGGGAUGGGCAGUUCCCGUGGAGGCCGUGGGGGAGGCGGGUUUGCCAGGCGCGACAGCUGGAAAGACGAGGAGCCGAGAUCCCCCAUCUCUCCCAACGGAUUCGGCGGUGGCGGCGGACGCGGAAGAUCUCCGAGAGACUCGAACCCUCCCGACUUUGUCCUUAGGGGCCCCCCGAGGGGCGUUGCUAGGGGACGCGGCAAGCUCUGGGAACCAUGAUUGACUACUAUUCCAUGCCACUGUGGCAAUACCACCGACCCACCUCGAAUACGAAUCAACCCAUCUAACGCGACAGCCAACUUGCUGAACGAUGCGAUAUCACUGAUGCGCCCCCCAUUUGAAUGCUCCUCGCACAAUC